UUUGGGGUUUGCUUGUUGGCCAGAAAAAGUAAUUUGAUAUUUGGGAGAGGGAAAGAGAGAGUUGGCAAGAAUUGAAUUUUCUCCUCUUGACCCCAGCAAAAAGAGAGUGGAAAAAAUCAGAAGCUGACCUCCAAAGCUUUGAAGCCCAAAAAAAGUGCACUCCGAACGUUGAUAACCGUACACCGCAACACUGCCCUUUACCUCGCCAGCCAAACAAGCACAGAUAUCAAGAACCGAAUCUCAUUUUUAUUCUAUAAUGCUAACAUGGGAUCAUCUCCCUCGUAGAUCACAAUGAGAUAACCACUCUGGAGGUAUAAUUUCUUUUUCUUGGCGUAAAUCCUGAAGUGAGGAUUUGCUAAAAGACUUGAAUUUUUCAUCUGGGUAUAUUAAAAAAGAAAAGUUUCAAAUCAUGGAGAAUGAGAAUAAGCAUAAGAAAUACGCUAAGGAAUUGGAUGUAGCGGUUAGAGUUGUACAUAUGGCUUGUACGCUUUGUCAGAGAGUGCAAGAAAGCCUGGUUUCUAGGAGUAAUGAUCAGGUUCUGUCUAAAGAUGACGAUUCUCCUGUUACUGUUGCAGAUUGGAGUGUUCAAGCAACUGUUAGCUGGAUAUUGUCAGAAACUUUUAGGGAUCAAAAUGUAUCUAUCAUUGCUGAAGAAGAUGUCCAAACUCUUUCCAAAGAUGACUCGGCAGGUUUACUGGCGGCUGUUGCAAACACGGUGAAUGAAAUAUUAGCUGAAGCAUCAAAAUAUGGUCUUCAGAGUCCCACGGAGGCCCUUGGAGGUGCACAAAUUCUUGAGGCCAUCAGUCGAUGCAACUCAACUGGGGGCCCCAUUGGACGACAUUGGGUACUUGAUCCUGUUGAUGGAACAUUAGGAUUUGUGCGUGGAGAUCAAUAUGCUAUAGCCUUGGCCUUGAUUGAGAAUGGAAAAGUGGUGAUUGGGGUCCUUGGGUGUCCAAAUUAUCCUAUGAGGAAAGAAUUACUGAAUCAUUUUCAUCAGUGCUAUCAGAGCAUAUCAAAAUCGCCUUUGCCUACUUCUGAUACAGGGCAGAAAGGAUGUGUGAUCUAUGCACAGAGAGGCAGUGGUGAGGCAUGGAUGCAGCCAUUAAUCCAUGGAAAUAACAAAUUUCAAUGGCCAAAUUCUGCAAACCGGAUAAAGGUCUCUUCCAUUGAUGAUCCAGAACUGGCAACUUUCUGUGAACCCGUGGAAAAAUCCAAUUCGAACCACAUCUUCUCAGCUGGGGUUGCUCACAGCAUGGGGCUAAAAAAACAACCACUGCGUGUCCAUAGCAUGGUCAAAUAUGCAGCGAUUGCUCGAGGAGAUGCUGAGAUUUUUAUGAAAUUUGCCUCUUGUGGGUACAAAGAGAAGAUAUGGGAUCAUGCUGCUGGUGUUGUCAUAGUAGAAGAGGCUGGUGGUGUGGUGACCGAUGCUGGUGGAAGGCCCCUAAACUUCUCGAGAGGGAUAUACUUGGAAGGUCUUGAUCGGGGCAUUAUUGCUUGCUCUGGUGCUUCACUACAUGAGAAGCUCAUUGGGGCUGUUUAUGCUAGCUGGGACUCUUCUAAUCUAUGAAGCCUUCUCAAUCUUGAUGCUGGAUGUAUCCAACAUAAUUUCCAUACUCUUGGCAGGGUAAGGUCAUCUCCACUGUUGGUAUAUUGUGUUUGUGGAAACUUCUUUUAGAUUUGACUAUCGCUCGGAUGUGGACAUUCUUCUGAAUUUUGAACAAGCAUUUGAGUUAAGAAUGUCUAGCAAGUAAGAUAUUAUUAGAACCUAAAGAGGAGCUUUACAAUGAUUCCUUGGUCGAGUAACAAGAAUGCACAUAAUUGGGUGUAUCAGUUUUGCUGGUGCCAAGAUGAUAUGACCCCUUUUACCAAUUUUCGACACAGAAUCCAACAUUAUGUUAACCUAGUCUCAAUGGGACUUGUUUUUGUUUCAUAUUUCUUAAUACUAUCUCAGGACAAUUACUUUGCCAGGUUGCUACCUGCUUAUACAUGGAGGGAUUCUUUGCUAAGCUGUCAAAGAGUGGCGUAUUUGACCCAUUGACUCAAGGAUAUGAUCUUGAAUUAAGGUUCUGUAUACUGAGCAUUAAAUGUGCAACUUUGUCAUAUUAUUGUAUAGAGAUACCUAACCAGUAUCUGGAAUACCUCUAAUGUAACAAAUAGUAUUGAUGGUGAAGUUGCAUAUCUAUUUACAUCCUAAUGCAGAACUGAUUGCUGUGGAUCA